CCCCGCGGAUGGGCGCCGCCGGCCAGCUCCGCCGCCGGACGCGCGCGCGGACGCCGCCGAGCCGGGCGGAGUCCCGCGACGACGACGACGUGAGCUGCGAGGCCUGCGGGUCCGGGGACGCGGCCGCGGAGCUGAUGCUGUGCGACGGCUGCGACCGCGGGUUCCACAUCUUCUGCCUCCGCCCCAUCCUCCCGCGCGUCCCCGCCGGCGACUGGUUCUGCCCCUCCUGCCGCUCCCCGGCCCCCGCCAGGUCCAAGUCCGCCGCCGCCUCCUCCGCCGCCACCGCCAGGAAGCCCAAACAGUUCCCGCUUGUCCAGACGAAGAUCGUGGAUUUCUUCAAGAUCCAGCGGAGUCCGUUGGCCGCGGCGUCGACGGGGUCGUCGGAGGCGAAGAAGCGGAAGCGGAAGCCCGCGGGGGCGCUGGUGGUGUCCAAGAAGAAGAGGAAGCUGCUGCCCUUCAACCCCAGCGAGGACCCCGCGCAGCGCCUCCGCCAGAUGGCCUCGCUCGCCACCGCGCUCACGGCCACCGGCGCCGUCUUCAGCAACCACCUCACCUACCAGCCCGGCAUGGCGCCGCGCUCCGCCAACCGCGCCGCCCUCGAGGCUGGAGGGAUGCAGGUGCUGCCAAAGGAGGACGUGGAGACGCUGAGCCAGUGCCAGCGGAUGAUGGAGCGGGGGGAGUGCCCGCCCCUGCUGGUGGUGUACGACCCCGUGGAGGGGUUCACGGUGGAGGCGGAUCGGUUCAUCAGGGACCUGACCAUCAUCACCGAGUACGUCGGGGACGUGGACUACCUGCGGAACCGGGAGCACGACGACGGCGACAGCAUGAUGACCCUGCUCUCGGCGUCCGCGCCGUCCCGGAGCCUCGUCAUCUGCCCCGACCGGCGCAGCAACAUCGCGCGCUUCAUCAACGGCAUCAACAACCACACGCCGGAGGGGAGGAAGAAGCAGAACCUCAAGUGCGUGCGCUUCGACGUCGCCGGCGAGUGCCGGGUGCUGCUGGUGGCCAACAGGGACAUCUCCAAGGGGGAGAGGCUCUACUACGACUACAACGGCUCGGAGCACGAGUACCCGACGCACCAUUUCGUGUGACCAGCAAUGGAGUCAAGCUCUCCUAAGCUAAGCAAGCUUGGAAAGAUAGUUGGGUUUGGGGGAUCAGAGUAGCAGUCUCUAACUUGCAUAUUCAUGUAACUGAAAAGGUAGCAAUUUGAGCAGAGAGAUAGCAGUCUGAUUGGUGAAAUUGGAGGUUCAAACCGGGGAAGGGGGUUGUAUUGUCAGUGAUUCCUGUUGUAAAACAUUCUGUAUGGCUGCUGUAUCAACCAUCAGUCUGGGAAGCAAUGGCAAUUGCCAAGAAGGGUAUCUGUUCAUCUCA